UCUUGCGCACCGGCUUGGGCUGGUCUGGCCCGAGCCGCGCUGGACGGACUGCGAAGCGACUCCCCCGUCCCCGGGGCCCUUUGGCUGCCCGGCUGCGGUGCGCCUGGGCUGGGUUUUUCCACGGGUGUCCUUGGCUUGCAGUGUCUGCUGAGGUGCUAAAGGUCUAAGCGAUGAGUUAUCCAGGUUAUCCUCCCCCCGGAGGUGCUUACCCUCCGGCUGCCCCAGGUGGUAAUGCCUGGGGGGGCGCAACCUACCCUCCUGCCCCCAUGCCCCCAAUCGGGCUGGACAAUGUGGCCAACUAUGCUGGGCAGUUCAACCAGGAUUAUCUUUCGGGAAUGGCUUCUAACAUAUCAGGGACAUUUGGAGGUGCCAACAUGCCAAAUAUGUAUCCUGGAGCACCCGGCGGAGGUUUCCCACCCAUUCCUCCUGGGGGCUUUGGGCAGCCCCCUCCUGCCCAGCAACCAGUACCCCCCUAUGGGAUGUACCCACCUCCCGGAGGAAACCCACCCUCAGGAAUGCCAGGUUACCCAGGAUACCCUGGGGGGCCCAUGCCAGGCCAACCCAUGCCUCCUCCAGGGCAGCAGGCUCCAGGGGCCUAUCCUGGUCAGCCGCCAAUGACCUAUCCAGGGCAACAGCCAAUGCCACCGCCCUCCCAGCAGCCAGUACCACCACCUGGGCAGCAGCAACCGGUGCCAUCCUACCCUGGAUACUCAGGAUCAGUCACCCCAGCUGUCACUCCAUCACAGUUGGGAAAACGAGGCACCAUCCCAGAUGCUCCGUGCUUUGAUCCCCUGAGGGAUGCGGAGGUCUUGCGGAAAGCUAUGAAGGGAUUUGGGACUGAUGAGCAGGCAAUCAUCGACUGCCUUGGAAGUCGCUCCAACAAGCAGAGGCAGCAGAUUCUUCUCUCCUUCAAAACAGCAUAUGGGAAGGACCUGAUCAAAGAUCUCAAAUCCGAACUCUCAGGGAACUUUGAGAAGACCAUCCUGGCUUUGAUGAAGACACCGGUCCUUUAUGACGUCUAUGAAAUAAAGGAAGCCAUCAAGGGCGCUGGCACCGAUGAAGCAUGCCUCAUUGAGAUCCUUGCCUCUCGCAGCAAUGAACACAUCCGAGAAAUCAACAGGGCCUACAAAACAGAAUUCAAGAAGACUUUGGAGGAAGCCAUUAGAAGUGACACAUCAGGACACUUCCAGAGGCUCCUGAUCUCUCUUGCUCAGGGAAACCGAGAUGAAAGCACAAAUGUGGAUUUGUCCCUGGCUCAAAGAGAUGCCCAGGAACUGUACGCAGCUGGAGAGAAUCGUCUGGGGACUGAUGAAUCCAAGUUCAAUGCCAUCCUGUGCACACGGAGCCGAGCUCACCUGACAGCAGUUUUCAAUGAGUAUCAGCGGAUGACAAACCGAGAUAUUGAGAAAAGCAUCUGCCGGGAGAUGUCUGGGGACUUGGAACAGGGCAUGCUGGCUGUGGUCAAGUGCCUCAAAAACACUCCAGCUUUCUUUGCCGAAAGACUCAACAAGGCAAUGAGGGGAGCAGGAACAAAAGACAGGACUCUCAUCCGGAUCUUGGUGUCUCGAAGUGAGAUUGACCUGCUUGACAUCCGAGCUGAGUAUAAGAGGCUCUAUGGCAAGAGUCUAUAUCAUGACAUUACGGGAGAUACCUCCGGGGAUUACCGGAAGAUCCUGCUGAAGAUAUGUGGAGGCAACGACUGAGCCCGUGUGUUUGCCUUCUGACCAAGAAGAGGGAAAGGAAAGAAGCCUUCCCCCCCCCCCAAAAAAAAAGAAAACCCAGACCUUUGUAGAUGUUCCAGUGAGAAGUGGAUGCCAAAACAUCCAUCGUAGAUACCCUUCUUCAUCCCAUCCCUUCCCCUUCCCUAAUGCCAUAUCACCCUGAAGGACUUUGAUAGAUGUUUUAGAACUUUCUCAGGAUAUUUUUUUCCCAUCCAUCACUGUGGCCACCAGCUUUCUGCUUCUUGAAGUAGAUAAUUUGUUUCCUUUCCUCCCUCAGAGCCUCCCAUAGUCCCAUUUUCCUGUUGCACGUUCUGAGACUGUUGGCUUCAUUUAGACUCUUUAAUUGUGUUUUGAAGCAAUGCUUACUUUUUAAAAAAUAGCCAUUGCUCUACGCAUGUCUUUUUAAAAAAAUUUUUUAAGCCACAAACAUUUCUGGUACAAGGGAUGACUGGUUCUCUGGGGAGGGGGGGCAUGUUUGUGAAGGGGGUAGGAAGGCAUUUAAACGUAGUCUGGAGGGAAUGUGUCACAAUGACUGUCAUUGCCAAACACUUUUAAAGUCUACGUGGAGACUGUGUACUGUACCUUUAAUGCACAAAUCAUGAGAAUGUAGCAGCAGCUGCUAGCGACAACUGAAGCGCCUUCUCUUCUGAUAUGUAUGCCUUAAACCUGAAUGUCUAGCUGAAAGCUGUUAUCCAAUUAAAGCCAUCUCUCUUCUAA